CGGGGGGAGCGGCGCGUGGGCGGGGUCCCGGGGGUGGAGUUCCCCCGGGCGGGGCGCCUGCGGGCCGUCGGUCUGCGUACAGUUCCGCUGGUGUCCGCCGGAGCCCACACUCGGUCCCGAGAUGACGGCGAGCAAGCGGGUGGCGAAGGAGCUGGAGGAUCUUCAGAGGUCACCUCCCCGGUAUCUGCGGAACCUGUUCAGCGACGACGCUAACGUCUUGGUGUGGCACAUGCUUCUCCUGCCUGACCAACCUCCCUACAACCUUAAGGCCUUCAGCCUGUGCAUCAUCUUCCCUCCGGAUUAUCCAUUCAAGCCCCCCAUGUUGAAAUUCACAACCAAGAUCUACCACCCCAACGUGGAUGAGAAUGGACAGGUGUGCCUGCCCAUCAUCAGCAACGAGAACUGGAAGCCUUGCACCAAGACCUGCCAAGUCUUGGAGGCCCUCAACGGGCUGGUGAAUAAACCGGAGCUGGGGCAGCCCCUGCGGGUGGAACUUGCUGAUCUGCUGACACAAAACCCGGAGCUAUUCAAGAAGAAUGCUGAAGAGUUCACCCGCCAGUUUGGACUGGACCGGCCCUCCUAACUCUGGUUCUGGUUCCCCUCUGGGCUGGGUCCUCUCUGUGCCACACGUGACACUCCUCAUGGACUGGAGGCCGGAGCCCCUCGAUGGUCCAUUCCCUGUUUUUCUUCUCCUAGUUUCUUAGCCAUUACUUAGUGUGUGUAUGAGGGGGGAGGGAGGUACAGGUAUGUGUAUGGCUGUGCGGAGCUGCCAUCUUCCCCCAAUCCCUUUCAGCUCAGAUGUUCUUAACCCAGGAAAGGGUUAAGAUCAUCCAGGCUAGAUGAUGUAACGGAGUUCCCCACAGGGUCAAAACUCACACCUGGCUUGGUCUGACUCCAAAGCCCACGUUCUCAUUGCACUGUCCAUCCUCAAAUUGGAGCAGGACCAUCUAGUCCUUGGAUGAGCCUCAGGGUGUUUACGAAGAAUUCUUGGGUUUGUGCGCAUGCCUAUGUGCACAGGCCUAGGGAGAUGGUCCCCAGAGGCUCUGUGAAAGAUGCCUUGAGGCAAUGGUGUUUUUCAGUCUUUAGCCGCAGAACCCUGGUUCACCUGACUGCAGGUGUGUCCGUCCCCAAUCCCCGUUCCUCCUACCCAGCCAGGGAGGUUUAAGUUUGCAGCGUUAUCAGCCUACCCUCCAGAACUCUGUGAUGGGGGAAUCCUGGUAUCACACAGGGCUGGAGCCCUAGGGGACCGGGGGAACUGGGAGCAGGGAGGCAGGGCAUGUGCAGGUAAUCAUUUACGAUGGAGGGAUUUGUUGAUUGAUUGAUUGAAAUCAGCUAAACUACUUAUAGACAUGUACAGAUUUAGGUGCUAAACCCUUUAUUUUCCACCAGUGAAACUGAAACUGAAGAAUCUAACCGCUUUCCUGGAAAUCCAACUACCAGUUUUUAAAACCACUUGCCAACCCAGUAGAUCGCCAGUGCCUGAGGGCAGACCUCAGGCUGUGAGGAGUGUCCUCUGCAACAUCCAGUCCUGGGGGAAUCACAAAACCCACGUGAGCGCACAGCCAUUAAAGCCACAGAUGAUUUCUGGA